AUUGUUGAAAAGCCUGGAUCAGAUAGUGGAUGCACAGCUGUUGUUGCCUUGCUCAGGGGGAAGGAUUUGUAUGUGGCUAAUGCUGGAGAUUCCAGGUGCGUCGUGUGUCGAGGUGUGAAAGCAUUCGACAUGUCCAUCGACCACAAACCGGAGGAUGACAUUGAGACGCAGAGAAUUCACAAGGCGGGUGGUAAAAUAACGUGCGACGGUAGAGUCAACGGGGGCCUCAAUCUUUCCAGGGCCAUUGGCGACCACGUUUACAAACGCAACACAAAGUUGGAGUUGAAAGAUCAGAUGAUAACAGCUCUACCAGACAUCAAACAUAUCACACUGACCGAUGAAGAUAAAUUCAUGGUGCUUGCUUGUGAUGGUAUAUGGUAA